GGAAAAAUGACAAAGCAAAAGCAUAAACUAUCGAUGCACUAUAUAAAUCAGUGAACUCAGAAGCUUUGUCGCACUCAGCGAAAAUGGUUGAAAUGUGGAACAAAUCGUGUUUAAUAAUCUUUUGUAUGAUGGUCAGCGGUGUCGUGGCACUACCCACUGAAUUGACUAGAUAUACUCAGUUGGGACAGGGACCCCUAUUGGAGACCAACAAAACCGUGGUAUCCACCACAAAUCGUUUAGGACUCCAACCAGAGAGCUCCUCUGCAACUCCGGACUUUGAAUACGCUCUUCUGGGUGAGGAUCCACAAGAUCAACAGUGGUUUCGUGUCAGUCUUACCCCGAAAACCAAUAAAACGGGCUACCGGGCACAGUUUGCCACUCGAAAACAUCCGCCCUUUGAUUCGCAAGUGGCCCAUCGGCAUGACAAGACCAUUCAGGACCUGCUCAACUGGUUGGACCGUUCCGAAGAUCAGAGUCUCUGGAAAGUGUAUCGUGAUCUUUUGGAAUACACACCGCAGGCACAGUCAUCCGAGGAAUAUCCCAAUGACAACAAAAUUGAAAAAGAAGAACGCGUGCAAAGGAAACAGGGAUGUCAAAAACAAAGUCAUCGACUGCUCCUGGUGGGAGACGAUGAAACCAGUAGUGCAAAAUCGCCACCAAGAACUAAAAGUCAACCUGAGACGGGAAGUAACAUGGUUUAUUUUAUAAAGGGACUUAAAUGAUCCAAACAGGUUGCAAAAGCCAAACAUUUCUGGAAAAAUAUUACCUCAAAUUCAUAUUUUUCUACGGUUUAAUAAUUAAUAAAGAAAAUUAUUAUAUUCCA